AUGGCGGCUUCAGGCGAUGCCGAGGCUGAAGCAGACAAAGUCCUCGCAGCAGUCGUGUCUGCAGGCUUUGCGAAGCAGCUGCCUGCAGGCCUGGAGGAGGAAUCCACACUGCUUGUGGCGAAUCUGCCAUUUGCGGCAACUGCCCUCGAAGUGGGUGCUCACUUCUCGUGGUAUGCGCCGGUUGUGCGGGUGACAAGGUUGCCAAGAGCAGACAGGCGCUAUCUUCAGCCAUGUCCGUGGCGCUUCUGCAUCAGCUCCUCCUGCUGGAGGCGGCGGCAGUGGCCGCUGCUGGUGCCUAUGCUUGUGUGA